UCUCUCUCUCUCUAUCAAGAACAAGAGUUGUGUUUAUUCUCUCUUUUUGGUGUCCUUUUUUUAGUUUCUCGAGUUUUGUAGAUUUAUUGAUUAUGUCGGAGAUCACGAGCCUGAAGAAAGAAGAGGUAACGUUAGGUGAUGAGGUUUCAGAGACGACGAAAGAAGACGCAUUUUCAGACAGUAAACUCGUGGUUGAGAUUUGUCGGAAAAGGAAGAGAUCAGAUGAUGAAAAAGAAGAAGAAAAAGAAGAAGACGUGGAGGAAGAGAACGACGGAUUUAAAACACCGACUCGUCCGGAGAAUAGAAUUGUGGUCAGAGAAUGCCCACCGGCGCCGAGGAGAGGCCAAAAUGAGUGUUCGGUGAUGCACAGAGCUGGUAAAACAAUGUCGUGCCGGAGACGGUUGAAUUUCUCGCCGGAAGAUGCCGCCAGCUCGUUUAUAACGGAUUUGCAGUGGAGGACGACGACAAUGACGAUCAAGAAAUAAGUAAGAGAUCAGAGAGAGACAGAUGUUAACUUUUAGCUCUUAUGAUUUUAUUAUGAGUCACGUUUGGAAAAUAUCCGAACCUUUUUUUUUUUUUUUUGGCAAAAAGACAAAAACAAAUUACUUGAUUAAAUUGGUAUUGUGAUUUUUAAGACUUCUUGAUUCUCAAAUAUAGAUUUCUGCAACCCUAUACCCAAAAAGUUAUAGAUUUCUGU